GGUGUAUUCUGAUAGAAGAAAGCAUAAUGUACGCUUCCUAAAGUGCAGUAUUAUGAAGGCACAUAAAUGCUUUCAGUGUGGAAAGUCCUUCAGAUACAGAUCACAGUUCAAUGUGCACCGAAAGAUCCACAGAGGGGAGAAGCCCUUUGAAUGCUCAGAGUGUGGGAAGAGAUUCAGUCGGAGUGGCUAUCUUCAAGAGCAUCAACAAACCCAUACAGGGGAGAAGCCCUAUGAAUGCUCAGAGUGUGGGAAGAGAUUCAGUCGGAGUGGCUAUCUUCAAAAGCAUCAACAAACCCAUACAGGGGAGAAGCCCUAUGAAUGCUCAGCAUGUGGGAAGAGAUUCAUUCGGAGGGACAGUCUUCAACAGCAUCAAAGAACCCAUACAGGGGAGAAGCCUUUUGACUGCUCAGAGUGUGGGAAGAGAUUCAAUUACAGUCAUGCUCUUCAGCAGCAUCAACGAACCCACUCAGGGGAGAAGCCUUUUGAAUGUUCAGCAUGUGGGAAGAGAUUCAGUCAGAGUGGCACUCUUCGACAGCAUCAACGAACCCACACAGGGGAGAAGCCCUUUGAAUGCUCAGAGUGUAAGAAGAGAUUCAGUCGGAGUGACAAUUUUCGAGAGCAUCAACGAACACACACAGGGGAGAAGCCCUUUGAAUGCUCAGAGUGUAAGAAGAGAUUCAGUCGGAGUGGCAAUCUUCAACUGCAUCAACGAACCCAUACAGGGGAGAAACCUUUUGAAUGCUUAGUGUGUGGGAAGAGAUUCAAUCAGAGUGGCACUCUUCAACAGCAUCAACGAACCCACACAGGGGAGAAGCCUUUUGAUUGCUCAGAGUGUGGAAAGAGAUUCAGUCAUAGAAGCACUCUUCGACAGCAUCAACGAACCCACACAGGGGAGAAGCCCUUUGAAUGCUCAGAGUGUGGGAAGAGAUUCAGUUGCGGUAGCAAUCUUCAACAGCAUCAACAAACCCACACAAGGGAAAAGCCUUUUGAUUGUUCAAAGUGUGGGAAGAGAUUCAGUCUCAGUAGCACUCUUCAACAGCAUCAACGAACCCACACAGAGGACAUGCCCCAUGAAUGUUCAGAGUGUGGGAAGAGAUUCAAUCGGAGUGGCAGUCUUCAACAGCAUCAACGAACCCACACAGGGGAGAAGCCCUUUGAAUGCUCAGAGUGUGGGAAGAGAUUCAGUUGCAGUAGCAAUCUUCAACAGCAUCAACAGACCCACACAGAG